CAGGAAAAAAAUCGUAACUUUGUUAGGUGAGCAGCAGCAAUGCCAGCGCCAAAUUAACGUUGGUUGAUGACGUUGCUGACCGAUAUCGCGCAUGUACGCAUGCGCAAAUAAUAGCGCGCGCAUAAAUUUUGUAUUUAUAAGCGGUCGAUCGAUCCAAGACAGAACUAACGUUAACUUAAGACUGAGUAUUUCAUUUGAUCAGCGAAUCAGAAGAUUUGGGCCUAAAUCUGCAAAGCAUUGAAUAAUCAUGAAGAACUCAACGUCAUCAGUUUGUCUCAUUUUCUGGCUAUCCAUCGCAUGCUGUGUGAUGUGGACAAUCAAUGCACAAACUUCCAGCAGCCAAACAACUGAUUCAGCAGUAACCUUUGAUGUGGAGGUGACGACGUCAGUAGACGCCCCUGAACAAACAGAAGAGUCAGGAGCAGAGUCUGAACAUGAGGGCACACCAUCACCUUCUCCCGUUCCUGAGCCUGCCCCCGGUAGUGGCAACGAGACAACGGUCACGGAGAAACCAAAGAGUGGUAGUGUCAUCAAGACUGCUUCUAUCACCCUUCUCACCAUGGCUAUCCUAGCAACCAAACUUGUUUAAUGAUUGUCUCCUUACGUCUCAGAAGUUAUCUUCAUCAUUCUAUGGUUGAAGGGAGUGCAUUAGCAUGACUACAUGAGGUGGCGGACAUCAGCGAAUUGUUACAUAAAACCUCGGCUUUUGAGGAUUUAAGUUCACCAAGGGAGACGGACAAUCUCUAAACUUUAACUUUCUUUAAAAUCCUUGCCGUCCAUUACCAGUUGACUUUUUUUCCAAUUCUUGUUGCAAUAUACUUUAGUUAGUGAAUUACUUAUAGUUUUCGAUGUCUUGUUGAUUGGGAAAAUGUUUGUCAUUUGACUGUGAAUAUAUGUUGUAACGUGAGAAAACUCUGCCUGAAUGACGCCUUUAGAAAAGCAGACCAUGGUAGGGGGAUUUCUUACAGUAGUGACAAAGUCCUGGACCCCGUAACCUAAAUCUUAGCGAUUGAUUACGGUUCUGAUUCGUACGAUUGAAUACAUUGAUUGUUGUACAUGAUUAAUUGUAAAAAUCAUCACCAUCAAUCUCCAAGGUUUGUGUUACGGGGACCUGAAAACUCUUAUUACACGAUUAUUAUGAUAAAAGUAAUCUGACAUCCGAUUUUGUUUUUAUUUUGAAUAAAUUAUAAAUCCAUGAUUUUACAUGGAAAAUAAGAAGUUUUACGGUAUUUUAACCUAAUGAAUUAUUGUGAAUCUGUAAAUUAAAUGAGUGCAGACCACGUUUAUUAAUAUAAAUUAAGUGCAUCCAUAAAUGGUAAAAUGUAAAAAAAAUUGGAUUCAUGUUAAUGUUAAUCUUUAUAAAUAAAUUCGUUUGAUCUCUAGCCACAAGCAUCGAAGUUGCAUCAUUCGCGGAUUUAAUACACAAAGUUAAAAUUUUCAUGAAAUAUAUUCAUUUUUGUAUUAAAAAAAGAGAAGAAAACAAAUCAGCAGUCAAAUCUAUUUGAUCUCCACAACUAGGAAUUGACUGUAAAAUCGAUCUUUUCGGGGAAAAUACUAUGCAGCAUG